AAAUGCGGUUAUCCAACGCCUGCUAAGGAUUUAGUUCGUUAGCUUAUCUCCCCUUCUGGUGAAUUGUUUACAGUAUGAGUAAGUCCAAGGCUAGGAAACAAGGUAGCUAAAUAAUUUGUGUUGAACUGCCAGCAUUCUGUCAAAGUGAACUACUUCUCAAUGUUAGACAUAGAACAUGGAACCAAAGAGAUUGAACCUUCAAGUGAGACCUCAAGGUUUAUGACCUGGAUGGCACAGUUGGGUGCCAUAGCCUCAAUAAUAUGUGCAAUUGGAGGUGCAUCUCUCUUCGCCUCUGUGCACAAGAUUGAGGAGGGACAUACUGGAGUUUACUACAGAGGAGGAGCUCUCCUUACCACCACCAGUAGUCCUGGCUUUCACCUCAUGAUGCCCUUCAUAACGAGCUUCAAGUCUGUACAGACCACCCUUCAGACAGAUGAAGUGAAGAAUGUACCAUGUGGCACCAGUGGUGGAGUGAUGAUCUACUUUGACCGGAUCGAAGUGGUGAACUACCUUGUACCAUCUGCAGUGUAUGAUAUAGUGAGGAACUUCACAGCCGACUAUGACAAGGCCCUGAUUUUCAACAAGGUUCACCAUGAGCUCAACCAAUUCUGCAGCGUCCACUCUCUGCAGGAGGUCUACAUAGGGUUGUUCGAUCAGAUCGAUGAGAAUCUGAAACUGACCUUACAGGAAGAUCUAACUAACAUGGCUCCAGGACUCAUCAUACAGGCUGUCCGAGUCACCAAGCCAAACAUCCCUGAGAGCAUUCGCAGGAACUAUGAAAUGAUGGAGGCUGAGAAGACAAAGCUUCUGAUUUCUGCUCAGACUCAGAAGGUCGUAGAAAAGGAGGCCGAGACAGAGCGGAAGAGAGCUGUGAUUGAGGCAGAAAAGGUUGCUCAAGUGGCUGAAAUAAAGUUUAGCCAGAAAGUAAUGGAGAAAGAAACCGAGAAAAAGAUCUCUGAAAUUGAAGACACAGCAUUCCUGGCCAAGAUGAGGGCAAGGGCUGAUGCAGAGCUCUACACAGCCCAGAGAACGGCAGAGGCUAAUAAGCUCAAGCUGACUCCAGAAUAUCUGCAGCUGAUGAAGUUUCAGGCCAUAGCCGCAAACAGUAAGAUCUACUUUGGGAGUGAGAUCCCACAGAUGUUUGUAGACUCCGGUCCCACUUCCAGUAAGGCUUCUGCUGCCAUGGACGUUCUGGCGGAACAGAUCCUGGACCUGGACUGAAUGAGACUGAGAGACCUCCCAGGGCUGAAGCUGCGAAGCUGGGGCCAGGCCGUCCGGAAGGUGGGGCAACAGAGGAGCCUUGGGUCUGUGUUCCAAAUGAUACCCAUUGUCCUAUACAGUGCAAAGGUACUUUGAACUACUAUAGUGCACUACUAUUCAUAAGUGGACAAAGACAGUGGACUUUAUAUGAAAUAGGGUGCCAUUUGGGACUCAGACCUGCACUGUAGGUUUUACCAGCCCUGCCACAGACUCUCCUAAGAAGAUCUUAGGCCAAACAAAGAGAUAUUGAAUGUAACAUUGUAGUAUGGUUGGCAGGCCUAAUUCUUAAUUUUAGUUUUGUGAUGUUUUCGUACAUUUCAGCUUGCACCUGGGACAUUUAAACUUUGGUGCAUAUUCUUAUGCAAGUGUGUGAUAUUUGAUUACAACUUAAUUUGGUAGUCCUUCCGUGUUUGUUUCUAUUUUUGGUUGGUGGUAUUUUGCAUAGCUAAUAAUAAAAAUGGGACAGAAGUAUGCAGCCAGAGAAUAAUGAAGAUUUAAUCAAAAACAAGCUGGAUUGUUGGGAGUACUUUUAUUUUGUUUUGCAGACAGCAACAAUCUGUCUACAAUUAUGUGAGACCAAAUGCUGGGUUUACUCCCAACAGAGUAAGAGUUAUGUUCUGAAACUGACUGGGAAAAUUUUCCUGACCUGGAACCCGAGAAGACAAUGGCUUCUCUGUCAGUAGUAGUGGGAGUGAUGUUGAUGAUGGCUGGCGCUAACAAACUCUUAGCAACUCACACUCUUCCAACUGCUCUCUACACAAAGGCACUUUGUAAAUUGGUGUUUGUCUUGUCAGCCUCAUACUUUGUUUCUGGAGUUUUUUCUUUGGAGCAUGAGAACAAAAAAAAGCAUAUUUACCCAUGUUACUACUAUUUUAUCUUGUAUGUAACAACAAUGGAUCAAAUUUGAACACCAAAGACAAACCAUGAACUGGUGAUAAAACAUUUAAAACAAGCAGAAACCAAGCAGAAUAACAGUUUGGCUGCUCCAAACUAAAGAGAAAAAUGCCUUUACACACAUACACGUUUUCCUAUAUGAUGGCAGCCUGUGAGCUGAAACUGUUAGUCUUACUGUUUUGUGUGAGUAUAGGACAUCAAGGGUUGUUGGUGUCAUUUUUCCCCCCAUGGAAUUCUGAUGUUGUAUUUUUCAUAUUUCUUUUAUUCUCCAUACAAUUAAUUCUUGAUCCAUAUUGGCACCGGAAUGAUGGACCAAAUGAAGGCUCAAGCCAGCUGAUCAACUCUUAAAUCUGUGAUUUUCUCUUUUUUUAUUGAUUUUUGCCAGGAGGUGAUAUCAAUCAACCAUUCUGUUUGUCAUUUAAGACACAGGUGCUCUCUAUUGUAUUAUCUGAUCAAACAUGUUCUCAUACUUGUUUCACACCAGUUAUCUCCAUAGAAAUGUUAUCUUCUCUCACCAUGAGUCAUGCUUAUUAGAGAAUGGACCAAAAUGUCAAGCAGAUUUUCUUUCUUGUUAUCAAGAAAGAUGAAGGUAUUGUGUAAGAAAAGCCAUCAACAAUGCAUGGCUUUAGUCAAAUGGGAUGGAUUUUGUAAUGGAUUCAGUGUUGUGAAGAUUUAUAUCUCUUUCACACGCUGGUGCCGUCUGCAAUGGAGACAGUUCCUUUGGUGUGAAUAAUUUGUAUUUUUUUUUUUUAUUUUAUUUUUUUCUUUGACUGAGACUUUCACUAAAUAUGAGGCACUUGAUUAUUGUGGUGUAUCAAUGAAGUGGUUCUCAUUGUUCCACUGGUUUGUUCCGGCUGAGCGUGCUCCGUGUGCUGUGAGUGAAUGCCUGUAUAUUCUGUUCCUUAGACUGCUCAGGUUGACACGACUGGUUAUGCCUUGAAGGGAACUGUUUUUACACUUUCGUUGAUAUUACAUUGUGAACUAGGAACCUGUAAUUUUGUCAUUUAUACAAUAAAAUUAGGUUAUCUUUGAA